UUUUUUCCCCAAUAAGGCUUACUCCCCGCAGCUAACUGUUAUUCGUUUGGAAACAAAUCGUAAAAAUGUCAAGGAAGAAAAAGCACAGCGACGAAGAAGAAGACGACACUUUCUACUACCGCUACUCCUCCGCACCUUCACCGGCGCCGUCGUCCUCCGCCACAUCCAAAACCUCUUCCACUUCGCGCGGCAGCGGCAGCGGCGGACUAGCUCCAUCAAAAUCAACAGUGUACGUGAGUAAUCUCGAUUAUACCCUCACAAACUCCGACCUCCACACAAUCUUCUCCACUUUCGGCAAGGUCGCUAAAGUAACCGUCGUUAAAGACCGGGUGACACGUAAGAGCCGCGGAGUAGCGUUCAUCCUCUUCGUUUCAAGAGAAGACGCAACUAAAGCCGUGAAAGGAAUUGACAAAAAGGUCCUUAAUGGCCGAACCCUAACGGCGUCAAUCGCCUCGGAUAACGGCCGUGCAGCGGAGUUUAUAAGGAAGAAGAUUUAUAAGGAUAAGAGUAGGUGUUAUGAGUGUGGAGAAGAAGGGCAUUUAUCGUAUGAGUGUCAUAAGAAUGUGUUUGGACCUAGGGAAAGGCCCGAGCCAUCAAAGAAAGGGCGGAGAGGUGGUGGUGGGAAGUGGGGUGGUGGGGGUGGGGAGUUGGAGGAGGAUGGGGAGGGGGAUGAUGAAGGGGGAGAGGGUUUUGAUGAUGAGAAUUGGGCUUCAGUAGUGGAUAGAGGAGCAGGAGAGAGGUUAUUGAAGGGAGAUGAUAAUGAGGAAUUUAAGAAGGAGAAAAGGAGGGAGAAAAAGAGGAAGGGUUAUUUUAGUGAUGAAAGUGAUGAAGAUGAUUGAUUAAAGAUGGGAUCUUUUUGCCCCAUAGCUUACCAUGCUAAGUAAGUUUGGUAUUUAAGUAAGAAGGGUAGAAGGGAGGGCCCAUUAUCCCGAGUUUCGAAGGGUGCGGUUGGUACUAAGAGUUGGCCCUAGAUGGAUUUCUCAGUCUUAAAAAAAGGAGCUUUUAGCUUUAUUUAGUUGAGGAAUGAUUUUCUAUAGUGUUAAUUGAAGGUAUUGAAAGUUUUGCAUUCACUCCUUUCAUUUGGUGUGUUGUGUUACUUUCUUAAACUAUAAAAUGAUGUAAGUGCAGUUAAGGUAAUUGUUGAGUAUAGUUUGAUUUUGUUGGUAAAUAUCAGUAUGAUGCUCCGAUAUCUUUGAUUUUUAAACUAGAUCGUAGUUGUAUGUAUGUAGCAUUAUAGAACUAAUUUAGUUAUAAGCUGUAUCUUGCUGGCAAGAUGUUAUACUUGGUAAAAGUUCCAGCUUUAUAGACAAUGUGGUUCUGUUUACUUGUCCCUCUU